AUGGUGAUACUUGAUGUGUUAGUAAUAGGAGGUGGGCCUCAUGCCUUGACCUUGACUAGCUUGCUGUCCAACCCUGACCCAAACUCAGAUCCUGGGCAGGACUCACCCCCUUCCCCCUACUGCUUGGACCCUCCAAAACUUCAGUCAAACCCAGAAAAAUCCAACAACAAAAGACACAGUGGCAAGAGGAAAAGGAGAGUAACAACUGGUCUGACGCUGGAGGAACAACUAGCAAAGUCAACGAUUUCAGAGAGGGUCAUUUGCCCACCGCUCAGUCUCCGAGUGGUGGAUUCCUAUGGAGAGUGGACGGCUUUGUGGGAGAGCCAAUUCACGGCUCUAAACAUCCCUCAUCUGCGCUCACACACACUGGUGCAUACAGACCCUCUCAACAAGAAAGCACUGCAGGAGUUUGUUUUAAAGCAUGACCGUUCAGUGGAGCUUCACAGUCUUCCAGACCAGGUUUACAUUUUGGAUGAAAACGCUUUCUUCAAUGACAUGCGACUCGGCAAGAAAGAGAAGAAACGUCUAAACAUCACCUCAACACUCAAGAAGAGUUUGUCCUUCAGUCUGCCAGGAACCAAACUAAGUGUGGAUUUCUUUAAAGAUCAGGUGGAGAGAUACAACUUGGACCAAGUGCUCAUGAAAGGAACAGUGGCACACAUCAGCCCUGUGAUUGAAGACAAGGAGAAGAGGGUAAAAUAUUUUGAAGUCCAACUUCAAGAAGGGGUCAUCCUAAAAGCCCACCAGGUUGUUAUGGCAACAGGUCCAACUCGUGCCCAUAUGGCAAACAUCCCUUCGUGGGUAACAAGUAUUGGAGAGAGCUACCCAGAGGAGCGCUUGCAGCACACUGUGCACCUCAUGCACCAUCUACCAAUUGCUCAGCAAAAACUUAAAGGAUCUGAUUUGUGUGAGGCAGGGCAGAGAGUAAUGGUAGUUGGUGGAGGUCUGACCAGCGCUCAUGUCGUCUCCAUUGCCCUGCAGCAAGGUGCCAGUCACGUGACAUGGGUCAUGAGGAAGCACCUCCAGUUGAAGCAGUUUGAUGUGGGCGAUGUGGAGAGUCUGGUGGGUCGUUAUUCCCACGUGGAGCAUGGCAUCAAAAUGGAUGGCCAAGCCUACCUGAGACAGUUCUACAAUGAAAGGAGUCUUUACAAACGGCUGGCUAUGAUUCGACAGGCAAGGAAAGGAGGAGCUGUCACCCCAGAGGCGUACAUCCACCUGAAGCCAUUCAUACUGAAAGGGCAGGUGGAUGUGAAGACAUACUGUCAGGUGAAUGAAGCCAGCUGGUGCUACAGGAACCAGGUCUGGAGCCUCUCCCUCAGCACUAGGCACCACUGGACUGGAGAUAUGAUCUGGCUCGCCACUGGGUGCAAACUUGAUGUCAAACAGGACCCUUUGCUUUCAGAGGUGAUGAGGGAAUUCCCCAUUCAGGUGAUAGAUGGUUGGCCGUGCAUAUCAGAAAGCUUACAGUGGGCAGAAGGAUGCCCUCUUUAUCUGAUGGGGCAGUACACUGCUCUUCAGGUUGGACCUCACGCAAUAAACCUGGCUGGUGGUCAGGCGGCCAGUAUGAGAAUCGCCAAGGACAUUGUGCUUCGUCAGCAACAGACUAAUGUAGAGGUGUCUAAGCUAAGUGGUGGGAAAUCUAAAACUGAAGAAUAUAUUCAACAAAUGCAAGGCUUACUGUGGCUUUAAUUUUACCAUUUAGCUCGAGGAACUCAAAUGCACAUGUGUGUGUGCCAUCAUCUAUUCCUGAUCUAAUGGGACUUAUGAUGUGACAGUGAAUAAAUGCUGUGAAACUGACUCAUUUGGGGAAGUAUGCCA